UAAGUUCUUGAUAAGCAAAAAAAAAAUGAACGAUAAAUUAAAAUUGCUUUUGUUUUGUCUCUUCUAUUUUAUCGUGCUGCAAAUUGUGCGAGCUAUAUUUGGUUGAAGUUUGCUAUUUACUAAAACUAGCAAUAAAAGUUGCGAAUUCAGUGACUCUUUGGAGAUAAUUUGUGUUUAUGUGACGAAAAGAUUAAAAAUUACUAAGCGGUGAAUCACAUGAAAAUAACUUGAUGAUCAUCUACAAGUGAGACACAUAAUCCUCUUCAAGCGCUGUAUGACAUGAAAUUUGUAAAUCCUAGAAAAUUUUAAAAGUGCAUUAAGGAAAUAAUUUGCAUAAAAAUAAUCACCAACUGUGUGCAUAAUUUUGCAUUUAAGAGACGAGACUUUUGUGAUUAUAAAGCAGCUUAAAUUAAAAGAAGAAAGUGCACAAGUGAUAAGACGGAAAGGAGAGCAAAGUAUAAAGUAGUGUCUGUGAGACGUAAAGAAGGAUUAAGAAAAGAAAACAAAACGAAGUUGUAAAUCUGUUGAAUUAGCAGAGCAGCUAGAAAUAACGAAAGCAAGAAAAAAAGGAAUAAGAGAAAAUCAUAGACAAAAUCUGAGAUUUAUCAAAGUUUUAUAGACGCAAAAAUGAAUAGAUUUGGUGUGGAUGGCAGUGGAUCAAAAGCUAAUUAUGGCGAGAAUUUGUUGACAAGUGAAAUCAUCAAUGCUACAUCAACAAUGACAACCACGACGGUAUCAUCAAUUACAAGUAUAUUAAGUACAGCAACAUCAGCCUUACUAGCAGACAAUGAGAUUCAGAAUGGUGAUGGAGAAACGGAUGAACUAAGUAGCAGAUUUUCACGACCACUCCUAACGAUAGCAGCCACAGCAACAAUAUUAAUCAUGAUAGCUGGAAUCUUUGGCAACUUAUUGACAAUUUAUGCAUUAAUUCGAUGUCCAAAAGUUAGAAAUGUUGCAGCUGAUUUUAUUAUAAGUUUAUGUGCAGCUGAUUGCCUUUUUUGCGUGCUUGUGCUACCCUUUAUGGCUGUGAGAUAUAUUCAUGGUGCAUGGACGCAUGGUGAAUUUUUAUGCACGCUAGUGCCAUUCAUUCAGUAUGGAAAUGUUGGAGUUUCACUUUUAUGCAUAGCAAUGAUUACAAUGAAUCGUUACAUAAUGAUAGCUCAUAACAGUAUUUAUCAACGAGUCUAUAAGAAAGUAUACGUUUACACAAUGAUAAUAUUUUGUUGGAUAUUCAGCUACGGUUUCCAGCUCCCAACACUUUUUGGGGUUUGGGGCAUCUUUGGAUAUGACGAUAAAUUAGAAACGUGUUCAAUUCUUCCCGACUCGCAAGGACGCAGUAGUAAGACUGCUUUAUUUAUUAUAGCAUUUAUCAUUCCAUGUGUCAUCAUCAUUGCCUGCUAUGCGAGAAUUUUUUGGGUCGUCCAUGAAUCUGAAUCUCGAAUGAGACGACAUGCAAGCUCCCAACCAUCCCUUCAGAACAAUAACCAAAGAACAAUGACAGGAUCAACACAAAUACCAGGCAGUAUGAAUAAUAAUCUCAAUGAAACAGAUGUAAAGAGUGGCAAUAGAUUACAGGCAACAAAAUCUACUCGCCUUAAAGAUCAACGUGAGGCAAAACAGAAGCGAAAUGAGUGGAGAAUCACGAAAAUGGUUUUAGCUAUUUUCUUGUCAUUCCUCGCAUGCUAUAUGCCAAUUACAAUUAUCAAAAUUGCCGACAAAGACGUUCAAUGGCCGGGUCUACACAUAUUCGGUUACAUUAUGAUCUAUUUGUCUGCGUGCAUAAACAAUUUCAUUUAUUUCAUUAUGAAUAAGCAAUAUAGACAAGCAUAUAAGACAGUUCUCAUGUGCAGAACCCCCAAAUUAUUGUCAUUUGGACACGGUGCUAGCUCUAAUGGCGAGAAAACAAAAGACUUCGCAUUCGUGUACAGCAAUACGAACCACAGUCUUACCAUGGUAUCGACGAUCGAGGAUGCGUAUCAUACCACUUCACACCCACCACAAGACACCCCCAAACAUUUAGCGAACGCCAUAGCAGAUAGUAAGGAAGAGCCAUCAGAUAGUUGUUAAGUCAUUAGAAUUAAAUGUAAAUAAGCUUCUUAUUAUUAUUUGUGCUUUAUGAUUCUGUUGAUGCAAUAUUAUUGAUGUUAAAUAUUGCUUUGAAAAUAUCUGGUAUAUAU